AUGGAAACCGCCGCUCGGGGACGUGUCCCUUCCUUAUUUACUUACCGCAGUUCUGUGGUGUCCAUCAUCGUCACAGUCGCAUUCGCGGUCUUUACAGAUGUCUUCCUCUACGGUUUAAUUGUACCAGUCCUUCCAUUCGCAUUGACUUACCGCGUGGCGAUCGGCCAAGGCGAAGUGCAGUUCUGGGUCUCGAUUCUCCUCGCAGUGUAUGGAGCCGCUCUUCUGAUCUCUUCGCCAAUAUGGGGCUACCUUGCCGACCGUAUCUCUUCUCGCCGCCUGCCAAUGGUUGCCGGUCUUUUGCUUCUGGGCGGAGCGACGGCACUUCUGUGUGCGGGAACCAACAUCCCCCUCCUCGUUAUCGGUCGUGGCUUGCAAGGCAUAUCUGCUGCUCUAGUCUGGACGGUCGGCCUCACCCUCAUCGUCGAUGCCACUAGCAGUGAUAACAUUGGGAAAGCCAUGGGAUGGGUUGGAAUGGCCAUGAGCGCGGGUAUCCUUUCGUCGCCGAUGCUAGGAGGCUUGGUAUACAGCGCUGGCGGCUACUAUGCCGUCUUUUCCAUGUGCUUCGGUCUUAUAGCAGUUGAUACUGUGAUGAGAUUGAUGGCUAUCGACGUCAAGACAGCUGAAGCGCGGUUCGGUGAUGUUCAAAUAGGUGUUGGUGGGAUUGCUCUAGAUGACGAGCACCAUGUCCACGACGGCCAGACAACUGGGCCAACACCUCAAGAAGUCAAACCAAGCCUCAAGCCAGUAUUUCUCAUCUUGUUACGGAGCCCGCGUCUUCUUGCUGCCCUCUGGGGCACCCUCGCCCACGGCAUGGUCACGACAUCAUUCGACAGUACCCUGCCCCUUUUUGUCUCAGAAAGAUUUCGUUGGGACUCUGUCGGUGCUGGUCUGAUCUUCCUGCCGCUGGUCUCGCCCUCGCUACUCGGCCCCUUGGUCGGCGUUGCUUGCGACCGAUGGGGUGCCAAACUACUGUCGAGCUCUGGGUUUCUGCUUGAAACGCCGUUGCUGAUCUGCCUUCGCUUUGUGGACGGCGACAGCUUGUCGCAAAAGGCCAUCCUGUGCGUCUUGCUUGUUGGGGUGGGCAUCGCCAUGGCCUUGGUGCUGGGCCCGCUGAUGGCAGAAAUCACCUGGGUGGUUGAGGAGAUCAUGCCCAGUUCGGCGCAAAGUUCCUUUGCACAGGCCUAUGGGCUGUACAACAUGGCCUUCUCGGGAGGUGCCUUGCUUGGCCCCAUCAUUGGUGGAAUGAUACGCGAUGCUGCCGGUUGGGGCACUGUUAGCUGGACUUUAGGACUGGUCACAUUUGUGACCGCCAUUACGCAAGUCAUGUGGACAGGCGGCCCAGUUUCCAAACAUCGAGCGAGCGCAUAA